CCACAUAACAGUCAUACGCCGUACUGAACUGAGUACCAACUUGUCGCCGCAGUUUGUUCUUGUCUUAACUCCGGUGUGCUUCCUUUCAUUAUAUCAGUGCCGUUUUUGUAUUAUACGUUCCAUCAGCAUAUUCAAUGCAUUCGCUUCUACUGCACAAUUUGACCAGCAAGUUUAGUCUAGUAAGACAGCUCGGACGUUCAACAGCGGCAGUUCAGCGAUUCUCGAUCCAUACGUCCAAAAUGGUGCAGAUCAAGGAAGGAGAUAAAAUUCCAUCAAUCGACCUGUAUGAGGAUUCCCCAGCGAAUAAGGUCAACAUUGCCGAUUUGUGUGCCGGAAAAAAGGUGAUUCUGUUCGCCGUACCUGGUGCGUUUACACCUGGUUGUUCCAAGACGCAUUUGCCGGGUUACGUUGAUAAGGCAGGAGAAUUAAAAUCAUCCGGUGUAGCCGAAGUCGUUUGCGUUUCGGUCAACGAUCCCUUCGUAAUGUCGGCCUGGGGCAAACAGCACAACACUACCGGUAAGGUCCGCAUGUUGGCGGACCCUGCUGCUGUUUUCACCAAACAGCUGGAGCUGGGGGCCGAUUUGCCACCUCUCGGAGGGCUACGCUCCAAGCGCUACUCAAUGGUCUUGGAGAAUGGGGUUAUCAAAUCGCUGAAUGUGGAACCUGAUGGAACCGGACUGUCCUGCUCAUUGGCUGACAAAAUCAAGGUUUAAAGCUAGUAUAUACGAACGAGAUUGAACACGAAUUGGAAGAAAAAUCUAUUUUAGAUGUAUCAUUAGCACUUUAGGAGCACAAAUCUUACGAGAUAAUAUUUGCAAGUUAAACUACAUUGCUUCAAACACUGCACUUUUGAAUGAAAAUCUCUGAUUUUUAUGGACCCUUUUCAUCUAUGAAGCGAUUUUAAGAUAUCUCGUCCAAAAUAAACUGGUAACGGUGGCGUUUGAAUCGAAUUUUGGACAAUUUCAGAGUAAUCAAAUUACCGAGAAUGCCAUCAAUUAGAAAUACCAUUUUUAACUAUGUUUUUGAGAAAAACACUCGCAUAUUUUUAAAAUUUGAAGAUAAAUGCUGUAGAAACCAUCCAUAAUAAAGUUCUCUUAUCCUUGUUA